GGGACUUCCUGUGACGGCUCAUUUCCUGGUCGGAUGGGGCCGGCGGGGGGCGGCGGCGGCGGGGUCGGUCCCUGUCCCUGUCCCUGACGGGCUCGGUGGUCACCGGUGACGCCGCCAGGCAGCGAUGCGGGCCCCGGGCCCUGCCGGCAGCCGGCCCCCGCCGUGACCCGGUGGGGCUGCGCACGCCGGCCCCGCGGGGCGCAUGGAGGCACCCGCCGCCCUCUGCGAGGUGUGACUCCCCGGGGGACAGCGCGGCUCGGCCCCGCCAGGCGAGCGGCGCCGGGCCCCCCUCAGCGGCCGCGGCAGGAGCCGGGAGGGCUCGGGACCGACUCGGGCAUCGCCCCCGUGGCCGGCACUGCCGCCUCCUGAGACAUGAAGAAGUUCUUCGACUCUCGCCGGGAGCAGGGCGGCUCCGGGCCCGGGUCGGGCACCAGCGGCGGCGGCGGCGGCAGCAGCGGCCCGGGCAGCGGCUACAUCGGCCGGGUCUUCAGCAUCGGCCGGCACCAGGUCACCGUGGACGAGGUGCUGGCUGAAGGUGGCUUUGCAAUCGUGUUCCUGGUGAGGACGAGCAAUGGGGUGAAGUGUGCCCUGAAGAGGAUGUAUGUCAAUAAUGAGUACGACCUGCAGGUCUGCAAGAGGGAGAUCCAGAUCAUGCGGGAUCUGUCUGGCCACAAGAACAUCGUGGGCUACAUCGACUCCAGCAUCAACUCAGUCAGCAGCGGGGACGUGUGGGAGGUGCUGAUCCUCAUGGACUUCUGCCGGGGAGGCCAGGUGGUGAACCUGAUGAACCAGCGCCUGCAGAGCGGCUUCACCGAGAGCGAGGUCCUGCAGAUCUUCUGUGACACCUGCGAGGCCGUGGCCAGGCUGCACCAGUGCAAGACCCCCAUCAUCCACAGGGACCUGAAGGUUGAAAACAUCCUGCUGCAUGACCGUGGCCACUACGUCCUGUGUGACUUUGGGAGUGCUACCAACAAAUUCCAGAACCCUCAGACAGAGGGGGUGAAUGCAGUCGAGGAGGAGAUCAAGAAGUACACAACGUUGUCCUACAGAGCCCCAGAGAUGGUGAACCUGUACAGUGGCAAGCUCAUCACUACAAAAGCAGACAUUUGGGCCCUGGGCUGUUUGCUGUACAAGCUGUGCUACUUCACCUUGCCCUUUGGGGAGAGCCAGGUGGCCAUUUGUGAUGGCAACUUCACCAUCCCAGACAACUCCAGGCACUCCCAGGACAUGCACUGCCUGAUCCGGUACAUGCUCGAGCCAGACCCUGACAAGAGACCUGACAUUUAUCAGGUCUCCUACUUUGCAUUCAAACUGGCCAAGAAGGACUGCCCAGUGCAGAAUGUCCAGAACUCUCCAAUCCCUGCUAAACUCCCAGACCCAGUUAAAGCAAGUGAAGCUGCUGCAAAGAAGAGUCAACCAAAGGCCAGGCUCACAGACCCCAUCCCUACGACAGAAACGUCCAUAGCACCCCGCCAGAGACCUAAAGCAGGACAGACCCAGCCCAACCCUGGAAUUCUGCCCAUCCAGCCAGCCCUGACGCCCAGGAAGAGAGCCACAGCCCAGGCAGCCAUUCAGCCCCAGGCUGCAGGCCCGGCUGCCCUGGGCAGUGCCCAGCCCUCGCUCCCUGCCAGCACCCCCCAGGCUAAAGCAGCCCCCCAGCAGCCUCCAGCCCAGCCCCAGGCACAGCCCCAGGUGCCCUCGACACAGCCCCAGGCCACCCCUCAGCAGCAGCAGCAGCAGCAGCUUUUCCUGAAGCAGCAGCUCCUGCAGCAGCAGCAGCAGCAGCAGCAGCAGCAGGCUGCCUUCUUCCAGCAGCAGCAGCAGAUGAUGCAGGCACAGCAGUUCCCAGUGGUGCAGCAAGGAGCACCCGCGCAGCAGCAGCAGCUGGUGCAGAACUACUACCAGCAGCAGCAGCAGCAGCAGCAGCUGCUGGCCCAGCAGGCAGCUAUGCAGCAGAAGACCACAGCAGCAGCAGCAGCAGCAGCUCAGCAGAAGCAGCAGCCCCAGGCCCAGCCUGGCUCGGCACCGCCAGCACAGCCGCAGGAGCAGGGGGCCCAGGUGCAGGCUCAGAGGCAGCAGCAGCAGCAGCAGCAGCAGGCUCAGGGGCAGAAGCUGGGCUCCCUGACACCGCCGUCCUCGCCCAAGGCGCAACGCGCGGGGCACCGCCGCAUCCUCAGCGACGUCACCCACAGCGCCGUGUUCGGCGUGCCCGCCAGCAAAUCCACCCAGCUGCUGCAGGCUGCAGCUGCUGAGGCCAGCCUCAACAAGUCCAAAUCUGCUUCCACCACGCCCUCGGGCUCGCCAAGGACCUCGCAGCAGAAUGUCUACAACCCCCCUGACGUGUCCACCUGGAACCCCUUUGAUGAUGACAACUUCUCCAAGCUGACAGCUGAGGAGCUGCUGAACAAGGACUUUGCAAAGCUGGGGGAUGGGAAAGCUCCAGAAAAGGCAGGCAGCUCCACAGAGAACCUGAUGCCAGGUUUCCAGCCCGCGGCCCCCGCCGACGCCUUCGGUGGCUCCUCCUUCCCUGCUGGGCCAGAAGAUACUAACCUGAUAUCAGGCUUUGAUGCUCCUGAGGGCUCUGAAAAAGUGACAGAAGAUGAGUUUGACCCAAUUCCAGUGUUGAUAUCCAAAAACUCACAAGGUGUGCAGAGGGAUCCGGGCCGGUUCCCAGCCGUGGCUCUCGGGCUCUGUAAAGGAGAUCCUGGCACUGAUGGACUCACCUUGUACAAGGGUCAGCCCGAGGUGCUGGAGGUGAAAGUGCAGCACAACUCGGAGUCAGAGUACCUGGCCAGAGAUGGUCCUUCAAGCAACAGCUCCUUCUACAGCAGCGAAGGUGAGGGGACAGACCACGAGGGAGAUAUCCUGGAUUGCAGCGGCUCCAGGCCUUUACUGAUGGAUUCGGAAGAGGAGGAGGAGACGUGCAGGUUGUGCCCAGGGUUCCUGCAGCCUGUGCCCAGGCACGAGGCCUCCAAAGAGGAUCCCCAGCCCCAGGCCAGGGCAGGGGAGCCGCUGUUCCCGGCCUUCCAGUCGCACAGCGGGGAGGUUUUUAACGAACCCGAUGUCUUUGCCACGGCUCCGUUCCGAAGCUCCAGGAAGGUCCCCGAUGAAGUGGAUGUCUUUACCAAAGCUCCUUUUAUCUGUAAGGGCAACGCAGCUCCGCGGCACCCAGAGGAAGCAGAUGUGUUUCUGAGAGCCCCUUUCACCAAGAAGAAAAGCGUGGAAGAGCUGACUUCCCACACGGAGCCGUUCUCAGCGCCCGUUUUCCUGAGCCAAGGGGGCGACGGCCGAGCUCAGCCGAUGUUCCCGGGCCUGGACCCGGCAGCGCACGGCUCCGUGGCCUCGGUGAGAGCUCCACACCCUUCUGCUGGCUUUGCUCAGCCAGGCAGCAUCCACCCCUGCUCCGUGAGAGCCGUGGAGGCCCAGGAGAGCAGCCCUGCCAAGGCAGCGCUGCCGGAGCAGGGCGACGCGCUGGGCUCCGUGGCCAGCAAGCCCUUCCGUCCGCAGUCCCUGUCCAAGUAUUCCCGGCACUAUGGCCCCGAGGACGGGCCGGGGCUGGAGGCCCAGCCCAUAGCUGCUUACAAAGUGGUGUCUCAGACCAACAGGCAGGCCAUAGCGGGCUCUGUCCCCCUUGUCCCGCUGUCUGCCAGGACUACGGAGCUGCCCGGCGCGGAUCCCUUCGCCUCGGCGCCCUUCCCUUCCAAAGCAGCCAAGCAGAAGCCUUAACUGGGGGGGCUGUGCUGCCUGCAGGAGCACCUCGUGAGGACCUCAGACCUCUUAGCUGAACUGAAUGACAUAGCAAUAUAUACAUAUAUAUAUAUAAAGUAAUUAUUAUUUUUGGUCAGAACUCUAUUUGCAGUGAUAUAUAGUUGAACCAUUUAAGUUAUGUUUGUCCGAAUGCCUGGCUCUCAGGAUCCUCGUAUCCUUUCCAGUUGCUUCUCACCUUCCUCCUCUCACUGUCUUCUCUCCAUUUAUUUCUUUUUUUUUAGAUGCUUUUCUCAAACGAACAGUAUUCCAUAUUUUCUGGUCCUGGGUGGAGAAAUGCACUACAAGAUUAAUUAAAAGGUUUAUUAAUUACAGAGCGAGUCAAGCAGGACUUGCUAAUGCUCUGGAAAGGACAUGAUUUCACAGGUUAAAGGGUUAUUGUGUCUUUGGCUCUCAGAGAUAUUCCUGCUGCCCGGCAGCAGUGGCAGCCACGGCUCUGGGUGUGCAGGUGGGUGCUGUGCCCACAGAGCCAGAGCCUGGGAUGUCUGGUGCCAGUCUGGGCAGUGCUGGUGGAGCAGAGCCAGGGCAGCAGCACAGCUUUGCUCCCCCAGGAUGGGAACACGAGGCAGUGCUGCUGCCCCGGGGCUGGAGGCAGGGAAGGUGUGAAGCCAGUGAAGCAAUCAGGCUGUUACUGUUGCUGGAAAAUCAAAGGGUCGUGCAAAUAAUCAGGCAGAGCUUUCACUUUUACACUUGUAUUUCCUGUCUGGUCUAUGCCAAAGUGUAGGACCUGGAAAUCUGCUUAUGGUGAAGGAGAAAUGUGUAUUGACAGUAUUAAAAGUAGACCUUAUGGGGACAUUUGUGAUGUAAACAGCUCCGUAACUGUCCUGAUGUACCUCAUGCGGUGUGACUCAGCAGAGGCCACAGCCCCCUUAGACUGGUUUAUACUGGCAGAGAGCUCUGCUCAGUCAAAUCUGCUAUUGCUUUCCUGUUGGUUAAGGAUGAACUUAAACAAAAUCCAUUUGCUCUCCUUCUGAAGGGUUGUUUUCUAUCCUGUUCCCAAGAGCAGGACUGUGAUGACUGAGGCAUGGACUCAGCCUGGCACAGAAACUGAGGUGUUUAUUAGGAAAGGCAAACUCUUUUUAUACCCUUCUACAAGAUACAGUAUUUCCUUAGAUGGUAACUUUCACUAAGUGACACACAUUGCCACUUCUGUAAGACCAAAUCAGCAAGUCAAAGGACUUGACUGUAGGGGUUUUGGUUCACCAAUUUCACAUUUCCCCGAUUCUGAGAUUUCCUAACCAAUGUGCUGAUGGGUGUGGUGGGCUUCAGGGCUGGUCAAACACCCAGUGCCUUCAAUUCCUGCUGUGAGCUUUUUCUAGGUGAGUGUGCAAUCCACGGAAAGGGCAUUGGACUGGGCUUAGGUCAUUCUGAACACAAUUCAAAAUUUAACAUAUAUAUAUAAGGCUUCUGGCAGUCUUUUGUGGGGGUCUACCCCAUCCCUACACUCCCCAUUUUUUGGUUUUAACAAGAGGGACUGGAGUGCUACUCCCACCCUGUUGGGACGUUAAACUCAUCAGGCCUCACCUGGUGGAGCAGUGGCUUGCAAAGAAACCCCAACUGCUCUGUGUUCCUUUUCCCUUGAUUCAGUUCCCCCCAAAUCCCUCCAGUUGCAAGAGACGAGCCGAGUGUUGUGCUGGAUGUGGGGGUUGCCUGGAAGGGAGAGGGAAAAGCCUGGACUGAGGUGCUGGGGCCUUGGGCUGGGAGGGAGAGCACUGGAAUGCAGGGAGGGAUUGGCUCCCAGGAGUUGCUGGUGUAGAGACCAGCCGAGCCCAGGCCGCGGGGCUCCUGGAGCCGGGACCCUCCUGCCCUGCGUGGCUGAGCUCCGAGUUCAUAAAUAUUGGUGCAUAGUGGUGGUUGUGGGGCUCUCUGCCCUCCAUCACCACCUCCUGAGAACAAAAGUACUGUAGAGAAGUUUCUGGGUUUCCCUUGAGAUGUUUCUUCAGCAAAGCUGACGCUGUUAUUAUGUUUUGUUGUUUAGUUUUCUGUUUAAAUACACACCCGAAAGGUGGGUUUAGUUUUAAAUAUGUGCUCCCCCGAGUGGGUUGUUGCUGGAUGGAGUCAGUGAGAGACACAGAGAACGACUGUGACAGCAAACUGUGAAUUCAAGGACAGUGUGAGGGCCCAGGCAGCAGCCUGUGUCACAGGCACACUGAGCCAGGAGCUGCCCCUGAGCUCUGGGAUCUGCUCAGAAGCUGCUGGAAGGGAGGCCAGGCCUUGGUGCUGUGGGAUGGACCCGUGCAACAGGGAGAUGCUUUGCUCCUGUGUGAGCCACAGGGCUUCAAGGUGUUACCUCUGCUCGCUGGAACUUCUCCUUCCUUCUCUUCAUUUUUACUUGAAAAAUUGCUUCUGAAUAAUUCAGUGCAGCUUCUGUCAGCGCCACGUGCAGGUGCCACGGAGCUGAUGCUGGAGGAGCAUCAGCCUGUCCCUUCAUGCUGGGGAAAGGGAAGGUGCACUGGGCUGUGCAGGCUCCUCUCCAGCCCUGCUCGGCCCAGGGCAGGCUCAAUUUCCAGCUGGCAUUUUGGCAGCUUCUCUGUCCUUCAGGCACUUUACACCAAGAGCGGGCUAGCUGUGCCCCAGAGCUCAUGGUCCUGCCAGACACAUCCAGGGCUUAAACGGUUUUAAAUCUCUUCUGGGGGCGGAGGCAGCUCGUUUGUAUCUCUGCAUGUGACUCAUAAGGUAAUGGGACUUCUGGUUAUGGCCAGAGAACUCAAUUUCAAUGCCUGUUACUCUAAUUCCCUUCUCAUUUCCAGCUUGUGUUCCUCCUAAUCCUGCACCACCACUGCUGCAGCCUCAGCGUGAUGAGUUGUAAGUGGAAAUUUAAUUUCCAUAGCAUCUGAGGCUUACUGUUUUAAUGAAUGUGGAAGAAUCAUGCUAAUUAUUUGCCACACAAUCAGUGAUCUUAAUGAAGUGAGACUUAUACAGACUCAAUGGGGUGUUUUGAAUCAGUUUUCUGAAAAGAACCACUGGUUUCACAUCUUUUGUGAUGCUGUAGUAAAAGGUGUUCACUGCUCUGGGCUGUCUGGUUAUCACAUCCCUGUGACAAUCCCGGAUUCCUGCUGGGAGAGGGACUGGCUCCUGGUUCUCACCCAGUGAAUGCACUGAAGUCUCUGUUCAAAGUGAUUAAUCAGAGUUUCUGCGUGAGUAAAACAGGCAGUUGGCUCUGUGCUCACUGCCGUGACUGCUGGGGGGGACUGUCCUCCCCAGCUGCUGCGGGACUUUGGGGACUGUCCCCGUGUCCCCUGUCCUGCCGUGACCCCGACCCUGUGUGACACAGCACACAGCAGCAAAACCGGGCGAGAGCUACUUGAUUGCUGAGCUCAAUCACUCCAAAGUGCUAAUCGGUUACUUUAACUCAGCUUCCACCAAAGACUCUUGCGUUGGGGAGUUGAAUUUUUGUGGGUUUUUGUUUCUUUCCUCACAGUGUUAAAUCAAUGCCUUGGCGCACACUGACAGACCCCCAAGCACUUUUACAGUAGUAUGGUGACACUGAAACCCUGCUCCAGCUCUGAAACACAUUCCUGAAACCUGAUCAGCUGCAUUAGCGUUUCUAGAAAUAACCCCCAGCCUGUAGUUUCUGCUGUAGGUGGGUAAAUACCCUCACACACCCCAGAAGUCUCCCUGUGGAGUCAGAGGGAUAAGGUUGAUCAGCGCUCCUGAUCCCUCGCCUCCAAAGGGACGGGGUGGGAGGGCAGGGGGCUCGCUCUGGUGCGGGAUGCAGCAGGUGGAGCAUCCCAAACACUGAGUCUGGUGGUGGAAAAACUCCUUUGUGUCCAGGAGGAGCCGGAGCUGGGGCUGUCUGUGGUCCCCACAGUGACACACGGUGACCCACAGUGACACACGGUGACUCGUGUCCCCCAGUCCCCUCUGCUCCCCCCAUGCCUGGCAGAUCCCGGGCUCAAAUUUUGCACUCCGGUUAGGAUCAUCUGUUCCUGGUAAUCAUGAAGAAAUGUUCCACUUGUAAACUUAUGUAUAUUUUAUUAAAACUGUAUCUGAUGACAA